AGAUUCGAAACUCCUCGUAAAGUCGGUCGAUUCGAAUAAUGAAUGAAUGUUCAUUUGCGAACUCGCAAAUGUUUGGUUGGCGUUCUUCUAUAUGAUGAAACAAUAAGGGAGGACAUGUGUGUGUGUCCGGCUUUUGUUUUCUUUCUUUUAACUAAAAACAGCUUGCGUGCCGGCCAGAUCCGUUGUUCGAGCCGAGGAGUUAGGUCACGAUUAGUGAUUAGUGAAUGUCUCUGCUCUGCUGCUGCUGUUAUUGGUGUAAGCGUGAGUAGUUUAGUUAGUUAGGACAGACUUGGCUUGGUCCUUGGUUGGGUGGUGGUCCUUACUGUAUUGUUGAACCCCCUUUUUUGAGUUAUAAAGAAAGAAAGAAGAAAACAAAAAAAACUACAGAGAAACGAAGAAAGAACAGAACAGAACACAAACAAUUCAGAAGAUUCUAACUAAAUGAAGAAGAAAUAUUGAAAAUUGAAGAGAAAGAGAAGAGGAAAAAGUAUCUCUACAUAUGCCUGCCCAUGACAUCAAAAAACAUUGAUGCCAACAGCAGUAGUUAUUACAGCAUUUUUAAAAAAUUUAUAUAGGCAGUUAACUCCAUAGUCUUUUAAACGAAUAGUAAUCGUACAAAGAAAUAAGAACCUUGGGUGAUAAUAAAUGAUAGCGGCCUCACAUUCGCACUAUCAUCAUCAUCAUCACCACCACCUGUGUCGACAUCAUCAUCAUCACCUCCAGCGCCGACAUCAUCAUCGUCACUGACAAUUUUAGCCCACUGCAUCUGCCAGCAGUCAGUCGGUUAGGAUUAGGAAAGUUUUGUUUAGUGUCUUUGGCCAGAUUGGAAUUUUGUAAGCACGAUGGGGGCCGACGAUAAUUUCAAGCUGUUACCAAAAAUCAUAAAUGGAGGCAUAGCGGGGAUCGUGGGAGUGACGUGUGUUUUCCCGAUCGACUUGGUGAAGACGAGACUGCAGAACCAGCAAGUUGGAAGCAAGAUGUAUGCUAACCUAUGGGACUGUGCAGUGAAAACAUUCAGGAAAGAGGGCUUCUUUGGCAUGUAUCGAGCGGGGAAAGCCCAACUGGACACGGCGGUAGGGGGUGGUGCGGGGCUGGCCCAAGUUCAGAAGCUGUCAGCCACCCGUCUUGCCAUGGGCCUCCUAAGAGAAAGGGGCAUAUUCGGGCUGUAUAAGGGUCUAGGGGCAACAUUCACCAGGGAUGUUACCUUCUCCGCCAUCUACUUUCCGCUGUUUGCUCAUCUCAAUAGCUUGGGAAAAAGACGAGAAGGAAGUUCUCAAGCAGUCUUUUAUGUUUCAUUCGCAGCUGGUUUGGCAGCCGGCAGCCUGGCUUGCUUUAUGGUAACGCCUCUGGAUGUUGUGAAGACGAGGCUGCAAACCAUCAAUAAAGCCGAAGGAGAGAAAGUACAUCGAGGAAUUGUCGACUGUCUCAUACGUACAUACAGAGAAGAGGGGUGGAGAGCCCUAUUCAAAGGCGGGGCCUGUAGAAUGCUGGUCAUCGCACCGCUCUUUGGAAUCGCCCAGACGGUCUACUACUUCGGAGUGGCUGAGGCCGUGCUUGGGAGCAUGGCGAAGUAACACAGCUUGAUCAU